AUGGCUCCGGGCCCCUUCUCCUCGGCGCUCCUCUCGCUGCCGCCUGCUGCCCUGCCCUUUCUGCUGCUUCUCUGGGCGGGGGCAUCUCGAGGCCAGCCCUGCCCCGGCCGCUGCAUCUGCCAGAACGUGGCGCCCACGCUGACCAUGCUGUGCGCCAAGACCGGCUUGCUCUUUGUGCCUCCGGCCAUCGACCGGCGCGUGGUGGAGCUGCGGCUCACCGACAACUUCAUCGCGGCCGUCCGCCGCCGAGACUUCGCCAACAUGACCAGCCUGGUGCACCUCACCCUCUCCCGGAACACCAUCGGCCAGGUGGCGGCCGGCGCCUUUGCAGACCUCCGCGCCCUCCGCGCCCUGCACCUCGACAGCAACCGCUUGGCGGAGGUCCGGGGCGACCAGCUCCGCGGCUUGGGCAACCUCCGCCACCUGAUCCUCGGCAAUAACCAGAUCCGCCGGGUGGAGUCGGCCGCUUUCGACGCCUUUCUCUCCACCGUGGAGGACCUGGAUCUGUCCUACAACAACUUGGAGGCCCUGCCGUGGGAGGCCGUAGGCCAGAUGGUGAACCUGAACACCCUCACGCUGGACCACAACCUGAUUGACCACAUCGCCGAAGGCACCUUCGUGCAGCUUCACAAACUGGUUCGCCUGGACAUGACCUCCAACCGCCUGCAUAAACUGCCCCCUGAUGGGCUCUUCCUGAGGUCACAAGGCCCUGGGCCAAAGCCACCCACGCCGCUCACGGUCAGCUUCGGCGGCAACCCCCUGCACUGCAACUGCGAGCUGCUCUGGCUGCGGCGGCUGACGAGGGAGGAUGACCUGGAGACGUGCGCCACCCCUGAGCACCUCACCGACCGCUACUUCUGGUCCAUCCCCGAGGAGGAGUUCCUGUGUGAACCUCCAUUGAUCACUCGGCAGGCAGGCGGCCGGGCCCUGGUGGUGGAGGGCCAGGCGGUCAGCCUGCGGUGCCGUGCUGUGGGUGACCCUGAGCCAGUAGUGCAUUGGGUGGCACCUGAUGGGCGGUUGCUGGGGAACUCGAGCCGGACCCGGGUCCGGGGGGAUGGGACACUGGAUGUAACCAUCACCACCUUGCGGGACAGUGGCACGUUCACUUGCAUCGCCUCCAAUGCCGCCGGGGAAGCCACGGCACCGGUGGAGGUGUGCGUGGUGCCUCUGCCUCUGAUGGCGCCCCCACCGGCCGCCCCACCACCUCUCACCGAGCCUGGCUCCUCGGACAUCGCCACACCUGGCCGACCUGGUGCCAAUGAAUCUGGGGCUGAGCGCCGGCUUGUGGCUGCCGAGCUCACCUCCAGCUCCGUGCUCAUCCGCUGGCCAGCCCAGAGGCCCGUGCCUGGCAUCCGCAUGUACCAGGUCCAGUACAACAGCUCCGCAGAUGACUCCCUUGUCUACAGGAUGAUCCCAUCCACCAGCCAGACCUUCCUGGUGAAUGAUCUGGCAGCGGGCCGUGCCUACGACCUGUGCGUGCUGGCCGUCUACGACGAUGGGGCCACAGCGCUGCCCGCCACCCGAGUGGUGGGCUGCGUGCAGUUUACCACGGCGGGGGAUCCCGCGCCCUGCCGCCCACUGAGGGCCCAUUUCUUGGGCGGCACCAUGAUCAUCGCCAUCGGGGGUGUCAUUGUCGCCUCCGUCCUCGUUUUCAUAGUUCUGCUCAUGAUCCGCUACAAGGUCUACGGCGAUGGGGAUGGCCGCCGAGUCAAGGGCACCUCCAGGUCGGCUCCGCGGGUCAGCCACGUGUGCUCUCAGACCAACGGCGCAGGCGCAGGCGCAACGCAAGCCCCGCCCCCGCCGGCGCAAGACCGCUACGAGGCGCUGCGCGAGGUGCAAGCUCCGGCUGCGGCGGUGGCCGUCGAGGCAAAGGCCGUGGCGGCCGACACGGCUUCCGCGGAACCGGAGGCGGUCCUUGGACGCUCCCUGGGCGGCUCAGCCACCUCGCUGUGCCUGCUGCCGUCCGAGGAAACCUCCGGGGAGGAGUCCCGGGCCGCGGCUGGCCCUCGGAGGAGCCGUUCUGGGGCCCUGGGACCGCUGGCUUCAGCGCCCCCCACUUUAGCUCUGGUUCCUGGGGGAGCCCCGGCCCGGCCGAGACCGCAGCAGCGCUAUUCGUUUGACGGGGACUACGGGGCGCUCUUCCAGAGCCACAGUUACCCGCGCCGCGCCCGGCGGACAAAGCGCCACCGGUCCACGCCGCACCUGGACGGGGCCGGAGGGGGCGCGGCCGGGGAGGACGGAGACCUGGGGCUGGGCUCCGCCAGGGCGCGCCUGGCCUUUACCAGCACCGAGUGGAUGCUGGAGAGUACCGUGUGAGCGGCUGGCGGGCGCCGGGAUGCCUGGGUGCUGCGGACAAACGCCCAGCCGCCCGGACGCCGGGGCAGGACUCGGGGGACAAAGCGCGGAGCCAAGACGUCGGACUGCAGGGGAGGCGUGCCUUUCUCCUCCCUGGAGGGGGUGGGCGGCCUGGGCUGCGGCUCGAAGUCACGCCCCCGCGUUUAGGGGGGUUUGAGGGUGGGCCGCCGAGCUCCUCUCCCCCACAGACUUUAAGCCCCCCUCCUGCCCCUCCCCCCGCGCGCUCGCGGACCUCGCUGGAGCCGGUGCCUUACACAGCGAAGCGCGGGGAGGGGCAGGGCCCCCCGACACUGCAGCACUGAGACACGAGACCCCUCCCCCAGCCUGGGACCCGGGGCAGGGGCGAGGGACCCAUUUCUUGUAUCUGGCUGGACUAGAUCCUAUUCUGUUCCGCGGAGGCCUCCAAAGCCCCCACCCCCACCUCAUUCAAUUCCCUGGUCCCGUCGGGUCUGGCUUGGGGUGCCCCUUUCUCUGUUCCCUUCGUUUGUCUCUGUCCCGCCCUCUGUCGUCUCUGUCUUACGUCCUUCCCUGUUUGUCUCUUUAUUUCUCUGUCCCAGUCAUCUCUUCUCCCUCUGAACUCCCGUAUUGCGUCCAGCCUCCUUGUCUCUCCAGAUUAUAUCUCCCCAGUACACAUUCUCCCGGGCAGGUCCCACUGGAAGGACCAGACUCUCCCCUAUUCCUUCCUCUUAACCCCCAAAUAAAUCCCCACAUGAACAAAAUCCAAAACCAAAUCCCCCUCCCUACCGGAGCCGGGACCCUCCGCCGCAGGAGAAUUAAACAUUUUUCUGUGUCUGAG